GACCGACUGAGCCUGCACCUUUUUUUGAAGGGAUAUGCUAGCGAUACACCAAAGGUGUACCCUAAAUGUACACCACCCUCCCUCUCUACCAUUCAUUUUAUUCUAUUUUUAGUUUUUACUUUUGUUUUGAAUUUUUUUGCCUUUUUUGUGUAGUGAUGGAGGGCAUGGGGGAUAUUUGGGGUACACUUUGGUGUACCCUACCAUUUUCCUUUUUUGAAAAUAAAUUGUUUGUCACCUCAACCACAAAAUCUUUCGACGACAUCCUUGCACUUUGGAGAUAGACAGACAUAUUUUGUAAAGGGCCAUGAUUGGCGAAGAAAUCGCCGUUGACCUUUCUCCCUUCAUCAGAGUUUACAAAGGCGGGCGCGUGGAGCGCCUCUUCGCAUCCCCGCGCGUCGUCCCGUCGGCGUCCGAAGACGACUCCGAGACCGGAGGCGUCUCCUCCAAGGACGUCACGAUCUCCGCCGACUCCGCCUUCUCCUUCCGCAACCACCGCUACCUGAACGCCCUCGUGUCGGAAUCCGGCGUCGUCGCCGUCUCCGUCGAGUAUCGUCUCGCCCCGGAGCACCCUCUCCCGGCAGCCUACGACGACGCCUUCGAGGCCCUCCGGUGGGUCGCCUCACACGCCGCCGGCGAUCAAAACGGAUUUCUAGACUCACGCAUGCCCGUCUCUCAGAGGGUACAAAGACCCGCACUGGAGUCGUGGUUAGUUGACCACGGCGACAUCGGGAGAAUCUUCCUCGCCGGCGAUAGCGCCGGCGGAAACAUCGUGCACAACGUCGCCAUGAGAGCCGGAAAGCAGGGCAUCCCUGCGCUCGCGGGAGGGAUACUCUGCUUCCCGUACUUCUGGGGAUCGACGGAGAAGGGCGGGAAGCAGGGCCGGCUGAGUAAAACCUGGGAUCUCGUGUGUCCAACGGCGGAGGGAGGAAUCGACAGCCCGAUGAUGAAUCCGACGGCGGAGAAUGCUCCGAGCCUGUCUGGAUUAGAUCGGUGCCCGAAGAUUCUGGUUUGCGUUGCAGAGAAAGACGAUCUGAGGGAGAUCGGAGUCCGGUAUGUGGGCGCGGUGAAGAGGAGUGGGUGGAAGGGCAAAAUCGACAUUUUGGAUGUUGAGGGUGAAGGACAUUGCUUUCAGGUUUUAAAUCCUGAUUCUGAGAAUGCCAAACGCGUCAUACGCCGUAUCGCCUCUUUCAUUUCGGCGUAAGCUGCGUAAUAUUUUCGAGUCUUACAUGUGAAAUCUUAAAUUUUUUAAAACUGGGUAGCGCUGAAUUUCGAGUUUUAU